CAAACACAAAGCAAAUCCGAAGAAGGAGAGAGGGAGAGAAGAGAGAGAAAGAGAACAGAACAGAACAGAAGAGAGAGAAAUUUUCUGAUCUGAUUUGCUGAAAUCUCUCUCAACCUUCUCUCUCCUCCCGAGACAAAGAGAAGCAGAAGAAGAAGAAGGAAGAAAGCUCAUUCAAAACCCUGAUUUCCUCUCUCUCUCUCUCUUUCUUCACUCCUCACCCCCAACAAAUCCUCUCCUCUCUCCUCCCCUAACCGAUUCUUCUUCCUUCUCUCUCCUCUCUCUUCCCCGUCCCAAACCCAAACCCUAGCUCCCUCUCUGCACUGCAAUGGCCGACUCCUCUUCCUCCACCAAGGCGGCGGCAGCGACCGCCAGGCCCGCCCCCUCCACCCCUUGGACGAAGAUCGUCCGAGGGGCUGGCGACCCCGUCGACCCGAUCGCACCUGCUCCUCACUCCCCGCCGCCGGCUCCCAAAUCAACGGCAGCGGCGGCCGUGGCCGAUCCGGCCGCCGCGUCACCAGCGAUCGGGGACGAGGAGGACGGCGGCGGUCCCGAGAAUUUCAGCGCCCCCAAUGGCAAUGUGGGCAAGAGGCCUGCGUGGAGCCCGCCCUCUAAUGGUCCUGAAGCUGGGGCGCCAAUGGAGGCUCAAUCGUGGCCCGCUCUGGCCGAGUCUGUUAAGACUCCAGCUAAGCCGUCCUCGGAUUCUGUGAAAGGUUUGGCUGAUGAUUUGUCGUCGAUUUCCUUAUCGCAGGGCACUGAUGCUGCACCUCCACAAAAGCAAGCUGGUGAGCAGAGGCAUGGCAAUUCGAGUUUGAACCAUUCGGUGCCUAAUCGGCAGAGAUCAAUGAAGCGGAAUGGUGCUUCUUCCGGUGGUGUCUUACCUCAGGCACCGGCUUUACCGGAACAAUCAGCUGAGAUGCAGCCUAGACUCUCCCCAAGGUACCAUAACCCAAGGGGCAAUUUUGCUUCGCACUCUCAUGGUGGUAAUGAUCACCCGCGGCAACAGCGCAACUCUUUUAGACGCAAUGGUGGCAUGCAUGCCCGCGGGGAUGGUUUUCAUCAUCAAAACUUCGGUAGUAGGCACGAUCAAGAACGUGGGAAUCAAGAAUGGAAUUCUCAUAGAAAUUUUGGCAAUAAUAGGGAUCCGCAACAAAGAGCUAUCCCUGGCCCUAUAAGACCACCACCUCCUCCACCUAUUCCUUAUGCUCCUUUUCCACCAUCAGCUGUCUGGCCCUUUGGCCCAAUGGGUUUCCCAGCAGAGGUUGCAUCUCCACUGUAUUAUGUUCAAGGUCCACCCCAGGAUCUACGAGGUGUCCCCUUUCCAUUGUCACCUCAGCCAGUUUAUUUUCCACCUAUGGAUCCUCUCUUGCCUACAAAGAUAUUGCAUCAGAUAGAGUAUUAUUUCAGUGAGGAGAAUUUAAUCAAAGAUACGUAUUUGCGGCAAAACAUGGAUGAACAGGGAUGGGUCCCCAUCAGUUUGAUUGCAGGCUUCAAAAAAGUCUCAAACCUGACCGACAACAAAAACCUCAUAUUGGAUUCCAUACAAGGAUCAGCUGUUGUGGAAGUGCAGGGCGACAAGGUCAGGAGGACUAAUGAUUGGAUGAGGUGGAUUAUGCCAUCUUCUUUUCAAGGUUCCAGCAGUACGACCCCUCAAGUACCUUAGAUGCUCUGACAGCCUGUACCCAAACUGUGUAUAUGAAUCAGAGGGUGUUGUGCCGCGUCAUAGUGCAGGGGUCAGCCGAAAGUUUGUGUUCAUACUUACACUGGGUAGACAGAAUUCUUUAAUUAGAUCAUCAUCAGAAUUGAAUAGCAGUUAGAGGGCAGGCAAAGUUUGACACUCCGGUGGGUUUAGUGAGAGAGCGGUGCCAAAAAGUGAGGGGAAUCAUGGAAAUACUUUCGACCAAUCAUUAGGGUUUAAUGGAAGGAGUGUCCUUUUUUAGUAGUUGGAGGAAACAAAAGGAGAAAAUCAUUAUUAAAAAAGUCAGAAAAAAUAAGACGGGGGAUGGGGAAAAUGGGUAAAUUAUGACGAAGUUCACCGAGCCUAUCACUGACUACAACUUUGCUGAAAACUUUUGGUGCAUGCAAGCCUUAGAACUUCCACUAACCCUUUAAUUGAGUCCCCCAUCAAAUCUUGGUUCCAGAAGUUUUUUUUUUGUUUUUUUUGUUUUUUUUGUUUUUCCUGCCCGAUGUUUCUUCUCCUCUUAAGACACUCCACUUGCUGCACACUUUAUUUAAAUGGCGGAAUAAGUUGUUCGCCUUUCAGGUAUUUUCCCUUGAUUUUCUCCUCACUAAAACCUUUGGCAGUUUUUUAGUUUGGAAUUUUGGCACUCGAGUAUUUCCUCUCAUUAAAUCCCUGUCCUCGGAUGCACUUGAAAUCCCUUCUCUUGUUCAGACUUUGACUCUCUGAUUAGCAUGAUGGCCCUGUUAUGCUCUUGAGGUUUCUCCUCCUCUUGCCUCUUUCCUUCCCGAAAUGAAACGAACUCGAGUUUCAUGAUCUAUGCAGUUAUUUGGAAGAGAAUCAACUCUUUUUUCAUGCUAUAGCAUUGGCAUUCUCUUGAGGUUCCUCCCAUCUUCCCUCUUUCCUUCCCGAAAUGAAAAGAACUCGGGAUUCAUCAUCUAUGCAGAUAUUUGGAAAAGAAUCAAAUCUCUGAUUUUGUGCUAUGCCACUUGCAAUUCCAUGAGGUUUUUGUUCUCCCUUGACUCCCUCCCCAAGCAAAAACUUUUGCUUCCUGAUUUAUGCAGUUCUUUGGAGAAAAAGAAUAAUGACUGAAGCCCUAACCUGUAAAUACUUUUUGAGUUCUAACUGUUCCCACUAAUUGGAAUGUUCGUUUGAGUGCAAAGUUUUAAACUUCUACAGUCAGUAGUAGUUAGUGAUGGCUUUGGUACAUUUCGGGCUGUAAUUUACCCACAGGAGGUUUCCGGAGGGACUGUCUGGUAUAUUGGUUCGAUGUUAGCGUUUCGUUUUGCCGAUAAACGGGGCAACAAAAUUGAGGUGGUCAUUUUUGGGGAGUGGCUGAUUUGACUCUGAGAUCUGCCCCUUGGGCUGGUUUUUCAAGUCUCAGGGGCUUCCUAGCCUUGGUUUCAAUGAAGAGGGUCGAGUCUCAGAAGCAAGUGGAGGAGAGGCAAUCUGCGUCGGAGAAGGAAAUGAAGGGUUCGGCUUUGUUGGGACACGCCUCACCUUGUGCUAUGACAGAUGACCUCGUUGGUCACAUGAUCAUCAAGAUCGUUGAGUGAUGGAACUCUUGAUCAUCGUCGGGUUGUGGAACUCUCAACUCUCAUUUGUGAGUUCAUUUACUAUUUUCAGAUAUGCAUAAAGUAGGUUAGUUGUUAAAUGGUCAUUCCUUGUCAGACUCGGCAGGAGAUUUGAACUCCGUGUUAAAGCUGGCCUGAGUGCUUUCGAUUUGGUUCAUACUCUGUUGAAUCUGAACUUGGAUCCUUUACCCUGUUGAACUUGACCUUGUUAUAUCUUUCUAGUUUCAUGAUGAAACUCUUUGGCAAUGUGUACGUACAUUAUUAAGAUAUAUUUCCAUGAGACUUGGAUCGGCUCCUUUUGGAACCCGUUUUGAUAAGGAAUGACCGUUUAUUUACA